GCAAUGGACCAAGUUAGAAGAGUUUCGAUUCGAGUCCUUGUUUGGUGGCAGUUCUAGUUCUAGUACAACUGAGAAAAAGAAGAUGAUAAGAGAAAUCUGUGUCCCUGCAAGAACAACACGUGUCUGUGCCCCUCUCCUUUACUCUACACAUCGAUGUAAUAAUAACAUGUUUGCAACUUGUUCAGCAUCUUCUACAAUUCCAAGAAGAUCUUUAUCUCUGUCACUCAUCUCCACCACUUUCUCAGCAUUCAUCUUCUCACUUCCUCCUCCUCCUUCCUCUUCUUCUCCCAUUUCUUCUAAAUUCCCCAUUUCAGAAUUCUUUGAGCUCCCCAAUUCCGGUGGCGUUAAGGCAUUGGACCUCCUUGUUGGUUCAGGUGAUGUUCCCGCAAAUGGAGACCAGGUUGCAAUUCAUUACUAUGGCCGGCUGGCAGCAAAACAAGGAUGGCGUUUUGACUCAACCUAUGACCACAAAGAUGAGAAUGGGGAUCCUAAUCCUUUUGUCUUUGUCCUUGGUGCUGGCAAGGUAAUUGCUGGAAUUGAUUUUGCAGUGAGAUCGAUGAAAGUAGGUGGUAUUCGUAGAGUCAUCAUACCUCCUUCCCUUGGCUACCAGAACACAUCACAGGAGCCCAUCCCACCUAAUUUCUUUGACAGGCAGAGGCUGUUCACUACCAUUUUUAAUCCAACUCGGCUUGCAAAUGGUGAAGGCUCAACUUUAGGGACACUUAUUUUUGAUAUUGAACUGGUUAGCCUUAGGCACCAGUGAUAUCAGCAUAUAUAUUGCUCGACUUUUUUUCUCUGUAAUGUAUAUUGAUUUUGGUCUAUUGCAGAUUAUGCAAUUAUAUCAUGACCUCUACUUCAUGAUUAAUUAGUUUUGCACUUCUGCUCAAAAUGAACAACGCCAUUUCAAAAAUGGCUUAUAGAGCUAGUUUUGAUGUAUGGACUCCCAUAAUAUCCCCUCCAAUCAGUUCAGUCUUUGAAUUA